AUGGCGGUGUUUCUGCCCACGCCCGUCAUGGUUCCCCUCGAGGCGUCGCAAGUGUGCCACAACUACCACCCCGACUGCGAGGCCGCCGUCAACAACCAGAUCCAGGUGCAACUGCACGCCUCCUACGUCUACCUGUCCUUGGCCUUCUACUGCGACGGCCACAGCGUGGCCCUGGAGCACUUCUCCAGCUUCUUCCUGCACCGCUCCCACGAGUGGGGGGAUGGCGCCGAGAAGCUGAUGAAGAUGCAGAACCAGCGCGGAGGCCGCAUCCGCCUCCAGGACAUCCUCAAGCCCGACCGCGAUGACUGGCACAGCGGCUUCCAGGCCAUGGAGCGCGCCCUGCACCUGGAGAAGAGGGUCAACCAGAGCCUCCUGGAGCUGCACCGCCUGGCCACCGAGAGGGAGGACCCCCACCUCUGCCACUUCCUGCGGAGCCACUAUCUGCACCAGCAGGUCCUCAUCAUCCGGGAGCUGGGCGGCUACCUGACCAACCUGCGCAGGAUGGAGGCCCCGGAAAACCCCCUGGCCGAGCUCCUCUUUGACAGGCUCACCCUGGGCCGCAGCGACAAGGACACCUGA